UUCAGUUCGAAUUCGUUAACAGACUCUAACGGUCUGAAGUGUGUCCCAGCGAUCUAAACAUUCAGCACAGAUCCUGACACGUAAAAUAUAUAAUUUCCAAAGAGAAACAACAAAAAAAAAAAACAAACAAAUACAAAUAUGGCGAAGACCAACCAAAGCGGCACUGCCGGAAGCGCUGGCAACAACAAUGAUAUCUACAACAUUGUGCUGCUCAUCGUGGACAUUGUGGUGCUUGUGGCCAAAUUCUGGAUUGCCAUUGUCGAGGAAGUGUUCAAGGCCUUCACCACACGCCCACAGUCAAAUGUGGCCGGACAAUUUGUGCUGAUCACAGGCGCCGGACAUGGCAUGGGCAAGGAGAUGGCAUUGCAAUAUGGUGCAUUGGGUGCCAAGGUCAUCUGCUGGGAUGUCAACGAGCAGACAAACUCACAGACCGUCAAGGAGGUGAAACAGGCUGGCGGCACUGCCUUUGGCUACGUUUGCAAUGUGGUCAAGCGCGAGGAUAUCGUUGAGCUGGCCGCCAAGGUGCGCAAGGAGCAUGGCUUCAUCAGUGUGGUUGUUAAUAACGCUGGCAUUAUGCCCUGCCAUCCACUGUUGGAACACACCGAGCAGGAGACGCGUCUCAUGUAUGACAUCAACGUGCUCGCUCACUUCUGGAUUAUUCAAGCCUUCCUGCCCGAUAUGGUGGAGCGCAACGAGGGCAGCAUUGUCGCUCUCUCCUCCUGCGCCGGUCUCUUUGGACUGCCCAAUCUGGUGCCUUACUGCGGCACCAAGUUCGCUGUGCGUGGCUACAUGGCCGCUCUUGCUGAGGAGCUGCGUCUCAAGAAUCCACAGACUAACGUUAAGCUGACCACGAUCUUCCCCUACAUGAUCGACACUGGUCUAUGCAAGAAUCCACGUUUCCGUUUCCCCAACCUGUUCAAGUUGAUCCCACCCCAGGAGGCGGCUGCCUCCAUCAUUGAGGCACAGCGAGAGGGUCUGGAGGAGGCGGCGAUUCCACGUCGCUUUGUUGCCAUUGAGAAGAUCGGACGCCUGAUUCCCAGGAAGGCAAUGCGUUUGGUCAACGAUUUCCUCGACACGGGCGUCGAUUCUGACAAGCAUUAAGCUCGUCUCACAACUAGAAGAAACCAAAAAGAAA